ACAUUGUUGACUGCUAUUACUUAAAAAAAAUAAGGAAUCUCUGGAAAUCGAAAUCUCUUUUGGUACGUCCAUGUCUCUCCGCCAUGGAAAUAAAGCCAUCUGUUAUCAUCAUUGUCUCCGUCUCCUCUCUAGGUUUUCCUUUUCUAAUUCUCCCCUCUUUCUCUCUUUAAACUCCUCUCCCCGAUUCGCCGCCGAUUCUCCUCCACUUCUCGUGACCCAAUUCACCUGUUUCCGAGCUUCUAGGGUCAUAAAGUUGCAUCAGGUCUUUACUCGAUCGACAAAAGCUCGAGUCUUUGUUCGGUUCCUGUAACAAUGGACGACGGCGAGGUUGAGUUUCCACUAAGCAGCUCCUCGAUGGACUCUUUCUUCGACGAGCUUCUCCGGGACUCUCACGCUUGUACCCACACUCACACUUGCAACCCUCCUGGACCAGAGAACACACAUACCCACACCUGUCUCCACGUCCACACCAAGAUCCUCCCCGCUCAGGCCGACGAGACCUCGGAGUCUUCAGGGAGCAAGAGCAAGAAGAGACCCUUGGGGAACAGGGAAGCGGUUAGAAAGUACAGAGAGAAGAAGAAGGCUAAAGCUGCUUCCUUGGAGGAUGAAGUCAUCAGGCUCAGGGCUGUGAAUAGUCAGCUGAUGAAGAGGCUGCAAGGCCAAGCUGCCUUGGAGGCUGAGGUUACGAGGCUCAAGUGUUUGCUUGUGGAUAUAAGAGGGAGGAUCGAAGGAGAGAUUGGUGCUUUCCCUUAUCAGAAACGCGCGGUUCCCAACUCGUAUAUGAUGCAGCCUUGCAAUAAUGUGCCGUGCGGUGUUGACAACAGCUUGUACUGCUUUCAGGAUGGGGAUGGUGGAGAAGGUGCGUUGAUGAAUGGGCAAGGGAUGAAUGGUUGUGAGUUUGACCAGCUUCAGUGCUUGGGUGGUGAUCAGGAUUUAGCUGGGUGUAGUAAUGGAAAUGGAACGUUCGGUGUCAAUGCAUCCGGGGUUGGUAAUAAGAGAAAACGUGGGACUCCUGCAGCUAAAGCAGUUUGAAGUAUCACCACCGGUCAUGUGGUGCUGCUCUCCAUUUUCACAAGGCUUGUAGUUAAAUUAUCUUCCAAUAAGUAGUAGAGUUGAACUGCAUCACCAGCUUGUCUCGGGUCCUUUUGUGCUAUUUUUCAUUUUUUGAAUCUCUCUUUUUGUGUUUCUUAUGUAAUUGCAUUUCUUUGUUGAAGCUAGAAGUAAGACUUGUUUAUAUUAAAUUCGAAUUAUGUACUUUAAUAGCUUCGUUCUUGAAGCUUUGAUGGAAGAUGUUCAAUAUUGCAUUUGGGGACGAUUA